AUGAACUCGGCACGAGGCCUGCUUCGGAGCCUUCCGGCACGCGGCCUCGUCAGAAACGGCCACCGGUGCGCCAGAGUUGCGCGGCCGGCACCUCCCUGCCCAACCAUCAGACGGCCGUUGACGACGACGGCCUCCUCUCGCGCCUCCCAACGGCAGCCCGUCGAGGAGGCCGACUUCGUCUCCAUACUCGAUGCGCCGCCCAAGAUUGUCCGCGCCGGCCGCAGACAUGGCCCGGGCCUCCUCCUCCUCGGUUCGCUCCCUCCCGCCAUUGGUCUUGGUCCCCUCAUCCCCGUCACGGCCUUUGCCCUCGGCACGUGGCAAGUCCAGCGUCUUGGAUGGAAGAGCGACCUCAUCGCCAAGUUUGAGGACCGGCUCGUGCGCGAACCCCUUCCCCUGCCGCCCACCGUCGAUCCCGCCGCGAUCCACGAGUUCGACUACCGGCGGGUGCUUGCCUCGGGUCGCUUCCGUCACGAUCAGGAGAUGCUCAUCGGGCCGCGCAUGCGUGACGGCAAGGAUGGCUACAUGGUCGUGACGCCUCUCGAACGCGACGGCGGCUCGACCGUCCUCGUCAACCGCGGCUGGAUUAGCAAGAAGCACCGCCAUCAGCGAUCCAGGCCGGAUUCCUUGCCGCAGGGUCCCGUCACCGUCGAGGGCCUCCUGCGGGAGCCGUGGAAGAAGAACAUGUUUACGCCCGAGAACAGACCGGAAAAGGGCGAGUUUUACUUUCCCGACGUCGCCCAGAUGGCGGCCCUGACCGGCAGCCAACCCGUCUGGGUGGAAGCUACUAUGGAGCCCGAGUUCAUGCGCAUGAUGGACUACGAAGCCCGCGGCAUCCCUUUUGGACGUGCUGCCGAAGUCAAUCUGCGGAACAACCACGCGCAGUACAUAUUUACAUGGUAUGCGUUGGCCGCUGCCACCUCCGUCAUGCUGUACUUGGUCACCAAGAAGCCGGCAAACAGCGUAGCCCGCCGAGUUCAGGCGAUUCAAAAGGCGUAA